UUGUAGCUAACUUCAGGGUGGAAUGUGCUUUUUGUCAUGAUUGUGCGGUGAUCUCUGUUAUUUAUUCACUGUUUUUAAACCAAAUUCACAAAAUUUCCCAAACUCACCGAGUUUAUUUGCAAUAAAAAAAAAAUUCAGUUUUUAUUUGGAUCAAAUCAGUGAAUCGAAGAUAACUUGUCGAAAUGGCCGCAAAAGUAGCAGCGAAUGGAAAAGGUUUCCAGCCUGACACUGAUGUUCAUGUCACGCUCGAAGAUCAAACAAAAAUCAACAAAUUUGCCAAAUACAAUGCAAAUCUCGAAGAUCUGAAAGAUGAAUUGCAAGUGAAGAAGAACGAUUUGAAAAAUUUGGAAGAGGCUGGCGAUGAAAUCGAAUUGUUCGAUGAAGACGAGCAAAUUCCAUUCGUAUUCGGUGAAGUGUUCAUUUCGCAUAAUUUGUCAAAGACACAGGAGCUGAUAGCUGCUGCCAAGGAGAAGAAAAAGAAAGAAAUCGAAGACAUCCAAGAGAAAUGCAAGCAAAUCCAAGAAUGGAUGAGCGAUUUGAAGGCACAGCUCUAUCUGCGUUUCGGCACAAACAUCUACUUGGAAAACGAUGAAUAAACACAUAAAUUGAAUGGCAUUUCGCAUGGGUUUCUUUGUUUAAUUUGUAACGUCAUUCUGAAUAAAAUUCUAAAUGAACAAACAUUAGAAGAAAGAAAAA